AUGUCCAACUGGUGCAGGGCCUGGAUGCUGCUGUUGCUGCUGAAGGAGGGCUUCGCUCUGGCCCAGAGGCCCAAAGAUGGCAGGGUAAUGCAGUCUGCGGGGGGUGUGCGUACGGAGCAUCGUAAGCCUGAUAACUGCGGCACGUGGAGGAGAGACAUGAACGGAGGAGAGUUCAGCUCCCCUGGCUACCCCAAAUCAUACCCACCCAACAAGGAGUGUGUCUUCAUACUGGAGGCCUACCCCCGCAAGAGGAUCCAGCUGGAGUUCGACGAGAGCUUCUUCCUGGAGUGGUCCUUUGAGUGUCGCUUCGACAACAUCGAGGUGCGCGACGGGCCGUUCGGCUUCUCGCCGCUCAUCGACCGCUUCUGUGGCGCCAAGAGCCCCGGCGUGGUGCUCUCCACCGGCCGCUUCAUGUGGAUCAAGUUCACCAGCGACGAGGAGCUGGAGGGCCUGGGAUUCCGCGUCCGAUACUCCUUCCCAGCCGACCCCGACUUCCACCUGCAUGCUGGGGGGCUACUCAACCCCAUACCAGUGGAUUGUCAGUUUGAGUUGUCGGGUGCGGAUGGUGUGAUUCGCUCUAACCAGUUGGAGGAGGAUGGCAAGAUUAAAGCAGACGAGGACGCAGACUGUAUCUGGACCAUCAAGGCACCACCCAAAUCAAAGAUCUUUCUUCGUUUCCUAGACUACCAGAUGGAGAACUCUAACGAGUGCAAGCGUAACUUCGUGGCCGUGUACGACGGCAGCGACGCCAUCGAGGACCUGAAGGCGAAGUUCUGCAGCACGGUGGCCACCGACAUCACGCUGGACAGCGCCGUGGGCGUGGUGCGCUUCUGGGCCGAGGCCAGCAGCCGCCUCAGCCGAUUCCGCAUGCACUACACCACCUUCGCCGAACCGCCAUGUGAGCCCAACACAUUCUUCUGCCACAGCAACAUGUGCAUCAACAACUCCCUGGUCUGCAACGGCAUCCAGAACUGUGUCUUCCCCUGGGACGAGAGCAACUGCAAGGAAAAGAAGGCCAAAGGCGUCUUCCAGCAGAUCGGGCGUACCCACGGCACGGUGAUCUGCGUGUGCUCUGGGCUGGUGCUGGUUCUGUUGGUGCUGUCGGUGCUGGUGCAGGUCCAUCAGCCACGCAAGAAGGUCCUGGCCCGCCGAUGCAGCCACUCCGACCCCAACGCACCCCCGCACUAUGAGCUGUUCUCUCUGGAGGGCCGGCGUGUGUCCUCCGCUGAUCUGAUGGCCGAGGAGAUGGACAGCCUCCAGAAAAUGCGCCGGGCCUCCACAGCCUCCCGCUGCAUCCACGAGCACCACUGUGGGCUCAACGCCCCGCUCUUACCCCUGCCCGCCUUGGCCCUCCUGCCCAACAGCCUGCCCUUCCAGUCCCAACACCUCCUCCAGAGUGCCCAGGAGCUUCCACAGGGCAUGAGCUGCAGCGGCUGCGGUGCUGGGGCUGGGGUGGGGCAGCGGCGUGUGGUGCGUACUGGCAGCUGGCACGGGCCGUGCCAUGGAGGCAAUGGGCACCCACACGGCGCCCACCACAUUUAUAGCACCCACAGCCUGGGGGAAGACCCAUGUGAUGAUGACGAUGAUGAAGAUGAGGAGGGUUUAGAGGAGGUGGAAGAUCUGGAGGGACUGGAAACGGUAGAGGAACCCGAGGAGGAGGAGGAGGAGCAGGAACUGUGUUUCCCACCCCCCAUGGAGGUGGAGCCCCCUAGUGGGCUGGAGUACACCGGCAUGCAGCAGGUGGAGGUGGACGUAGGCGGGGGCUGCCAGGUGUACGGCUGCACCGGGAACCACGUCAACGCCACCCUGCCACAGAACCACCUCUCCGUUGACUUCUAGUGGGCCUUUGGGUAUGCCACAGAACUUGUCUGGUUACCACCAGACCUAAUCACAAGUGAGAUUUGUCUUUCAGAUCGGAACGAUUGUGUAGAACUAUAGGCAGUAUGGCAGUUCCCAGGCUACCACAG